AGCCGCUCCCGGCCCCGCGGGAGGGACGGGACGGGACGGGACGGGCGGCGGCGAUGGAGGACACGCUCUGCUGCUGCGAGUACGUGGACCGGCGCGGCCGGCGCAACCACCUGGCGGCGUGCUGCUGCGACUGCGAGGAGCUGGACGACGGCUGCGACAGGUGGCUGACGUGCAAAUCCCUGCCCCCGGGAGCGCUGGAGAGGAUCGCCGACACCAUCGCGGACCGGCUGCGCGUCCCCUGGUUCUCGGGGGCCGUGAAGAUCAACGUCAGCCUCGUGCCGCCGCUCGUCCUGCUGCCCGUCUUCCUCCACGUUGCCGCCCUGCACUUCCUGCUGGGGCUCAUCGUCCUGACGUCCCUGCCCGUCGUGGUGCUGUGGUAUUACUACCUCACCCACCGGAGGAAGGAACGGACUCUCUUCUUCUUGAGCCUGGGGCUCUUCUCCUUGGGAUAUAUGUACUAUGUGUUUCUCCGGGAGGUGGUUCCCCGAGGCCACGUGGAGCAUUCCCAAGUGGUCACUCUCACGUGCGGGUUAAUUCUUAUGCUUGCAGCCCUGUCUCGAGCCAAGAAGGACCCUGGCUACCUUCCGAUCUCAGCAGGCAACGAGAAGGCAUCGCACCAGGGCUUGCACAACAAGAGUAUUAGAGGGAGCUCCAGCGGGCUCCAUGGCAUCUCAGGCGCUGCCAGCAGUCGUGCUGUGAAUGGGGAGGCUAAAGGUUAUUGCAGGAUGUCAGCUGAGCAGCCAGCAGGUGUGAAAAGGGACUGGUGCACUAAAUGCCAGCUGGUCAGGCCAGCUCGAGCAGGGCACUGCCGGCUUUGUGGCAGGUGUGUGAGGAGACUGGACCAUCACUGUGUCUGGAUUAACAGCUGCGUAGGGGAGCAGAACCAUCAAGCUUUCAUCCUUGCACUCUCCUUCUUCAUGCUCACCUCUGUGUAUGGGAUUACCUUGACCCUGCACACCAUCUGUAGGGGCCGAAGUCCGUUUGUGGCGUUGUUCUACUGCCCUGGGGCCUAUUCUGACUACAGCUCUGCUCUGUCAUUCACCUGUGUAUGGUACUGUGCCAUUGUAACAGCUGGCAUGGGAUACAUCCUCCUUAUCCAGCUGUUGAACAUCAGCUACAACGUGACUGAGAGGGAAGCUCGGCUGGCUCUGCGGGACAACACCGGGCGCAGACUGCUGGGCGGGUUAGUGAUAGACACUGGCCAGUAUAACAGGGGACUCCUGUGCAACUGGGGCCACUUCCUGAGCCUGGGGUCUUCUCCUCCACAGCGCUCUGCCGAGGACAUCGUGUGACAUCCCUCUUUCUGCAGAUGGCAUUGUGUCAUGGCUCACUGACUUUGUUUAGCAGGGGAGCAGCCCCUCCCACCGGGACUCCUCUUCACACAACCUUGCCUCGUGGUCAUUAUGUGGGCUAUCCCCUCACUGACAACAGCAGAUAUUUUCCCUGGUGGAAUGGUUCUUCACAUGCUGUCAGCCAGCAAUAGGAUGCAGAAAGCAGUAAGCCAUAUGUGCAGGUGGGGAGAGGAGGAGCCUGCUGCCUUUUUCCACUGUGGGAAACAGCAAGAGGAGCACAAGGUUUUGAGAACUUGAGUUUCCCUUAGAUGUGAAUACUGGCAUCAGGAGGAACCUGCUGUUGGACUUCAGAGAAUGCACUGGUUCCUGCAAAGGUUAAGGAACCUACGUGUGGCAUUUUGGAAUGACAGAAGAAACUGUGGAUACAGAUGACAGAUGGACCCCUGCAGAAAUCAGGCUCUUUGGCUAAAAGAGACUGUCUAUGUAGUCACUGGGCAGUGCUCUCCUCUCUGGUGCAUUUAUUUAUUUAUUUUUACUAUCUCUGAUUCCAUCCAGCUGUGUACAUGCUUCUAUUAAGUGCCUUUGUGAGCUGCAUUCCUGUAGGACUUUGUAAGAUCCCUUCACCUCUUAACCCCUAAAGUUGUUAUUCCAUCCCUGUCUGUCUAAAUGAGUGAAAGGAGAUCCCAUUGUUCUUUCUGCAAGCUAGGUCUGUAUUGGUUUAAAGGCUUUGCUCGUCUCCCUCAAAGUGUUUCUGCUCUGAUUAUGGGUUGUGACAUGUGGCAGCAGGUAAAUACUCCAAGUAAGGAGUUUUGAAGCAACAUGUGACAGUGAACUUUGAGGGCAAAACAAGAGUGCUGUCUGUCUGGUAUUACUGUAGCUUUAUGGAAAUUACCUUCAUCCUAUGUCUCUGGGAGAAGGGAAUCUGUGGGAGAGUAGGAAAUUCUGCUAGCAGCAUGUUUGGUAGGUAGCAUCUUGGUUGUAUUGCUGUUAGCACAGUGAUCUUGUCUCCUCUCAACCCCGUUACUGUGGAGCUGCCUGACUGUAGAUCUGAUUUCUCAAGCCAAGAAGCCAUGGAACAGAUCAACCCUACGGUACAUAGGGAGAGGUGUAGGAUGUGUUGGAGGUGUUUGCUUUUGGGAUAGAUGACCUCUACUGGCAGGUAAAUGUCAAAAUGUGUUCUGCAAGAGUGCCAUUUUUUCCUCAUCAGCCUGCAACUGUAUUAUGGCCUGGACUUGAGCUUCAGCCAAAAUAACAAGGUUUUGGUGGCAGUGGUUUCUGGAUUUCAUGGGUGGGAUUCUUUGUUGCUUUUUGUUUUAAACCCUUUAUGUAUGCUGUUGGCCCUGCAGUAAUAGGAAAGGUCUGGCUGGAAGAGCUGGGGACCGUGGCACAAGAAUUACAGGUUGGGCCUAAGGUGCAAAAGCGGAGAUAGAGCUUUGUCCCAGCUAUGGUGUUUUCAGAUGUGUGCAGUAUGUGUGGGUCAUGUCUGCCCCUGAGUGCAUGGGCAUGGCAGGCAGCUGGGGGAUGUUGGGCAAGAGAUGCACAUUCACUGUGCUGCUGUGCAGUAGCUUUGAAGAAUAAAUGGAUGGUGCUUGGUGCCAAAAGAAAGCAAGGUCGGGGCUGUCCAUUGGGAUCCCUGCCAUAUUUUUUGUAAGUGCUCCUCAUGGUAUGUCCCAGUUUAAGGUAAAGACUGUGUCGCUCUUUGCACUGUUUGGUUUCCUCAAGCGGCACAUUUUAUAAUCAGCAGGUAAUUGAGGAGCAGCUGCAUUUGGAAUGUGGCUAUACAGUUACCGAAUUUCCUUUAUUUCUUGCCCCUUUUCAUCCAGUAAGCAGGAGGUAAAAGGACAGCUCUUUUGCUUCCUACCUCUAACCAAGCACAGUAGAAGGUUCUGACCACUUUCUUGACCCUAAUGUGAGUAAAAAAGUACCCAGCUGGACUGUGCAAAGUGUUCCUUUAUGACCUUCUGUUUGGAGCUUGAAGCCUGAUCUUAGGAGUUCAAAUUGAGACAAAGUUGCUUCCACUUGAGUUGUCUGUAAAUGUUUCCAUGGCACAUAUGUAUAUUGUGAUGCCUGCUGAGAUGAUGUCAAGCUUGGCAGCCCUGGAGAUAAGGAUGCUGUGGGCUAGCAGGAUCUUCUUAGAUCUUACCCUGCUGGCACUGAGGAAGAUAAAGGCAGAAGGACCUCCUGGGCUAAAUGAACCCCUGCAGUGGAUACAGCCAAUUUGUCCGUCCCUGUGUGCUGCAUGCACAGGAAUUAAUCAUGCACCCACAGACUGAAAAACUCGGGGAACUUUUGCAGGUUUGAGAUAAGUCUGAUUUCCCAGAGU